GACAGUUGGGUCCAUCCUCUGUAAUUGUCUUCUACUAAACAUGGCGCCGUUUGGAUUCCUGUGUGUUGUAUGUGUAGAAGGCUAAACGGUAGUGAGCGAUACUCUAGGUUUGAAGGUGGUCGUCGCUUAAACAUUUCUUGUUUCUUGUUCCGUUUUGGUUUAGCGGGUAUGAAAGUGGUGUGCGUGGACGAUGCUGAGAUCCACCGGUUUCUUCCGUGGGAUUGACUGCCCGUUCUAUUCGGAAAGCCUUAACGGGAGGAGCGAUGGUGAUAACUGCAAUAGACCGUACUGUCACUUCAGGCACAGCAGACAGAGGAGGGAGUCUCUUAACGCAAAUAACAGAAAAUCGCUGCAAGCUUGUUUCAAACAAAAGGAACCAGACUGUGAGCCAUACAACCCAGAGGUGCAGAAUGGAGAGCUUGUGUCGGAUGUGGGCCCCCUGGAUCAAGGGGCCCUGGAGCUCGAGAUGGUCAACCGUGCAAUUGAGGCCAUGCGGAGUGAGGUGGAGCGUGAGCAGAAGAAACUGUCUCGCAUCGGGGAUCAGCAGUAUGACCCUACUGCUAGUAGCAUCCAGGCGGGUGCCAAGAGACAUAAGGCUUCUGCCACCCCCUUAGAGUACGACCCAAGCAGCUACCAAAUAAGUCCAGCGGCUGAUUAUAAUCCAACCCCCUGUUCCAGCAAAUACACCUUGGACUCUGAUGAUAAGAACACCUAUGCAAGUGCCCUGGAAUAUGUGCCCACUACUGUCACCAAAACAGCCACAAAAAAGCCUCUUCCUUCCUCCAAGACUCUUCGCUUUCCCCCUCCAAGUCCCCCAAGAAUUCCCAGCUCUUCCUCCAAGUGCAAAUACACACUGGACAACUCCAAACCCCCCACUGACUUAGAAUAUGACCCUCUGUCUAACUUCUCAGCGCAUUCUGGGAGCAAGAAUAACAGGAGCCCUAAAGAGCAGAAGUGCAUGGGUGUAGCAGAGGUUGAGGCACCGUUGGGGAACAAGAAGAGGCGCCAUUCUGCUGUAGUGGAGAAGCAGGCUGUAGAUGAAUCAGACAGCAGUUAUGUACCAACUCCAAAGAAGGCCAGGCAACAGCCAACAGUAGUCUUUGAUUCCAAAAAGUAUUCUGUGAGUUUUUCAGAGUCUGAUGGCGAGAGUUCUGGGUUGGAGUACAGGCCAACUACUGUCAGCCGCCUCCAGAAGAAAAAGAACAGAACUGUGCCCACAGAAGACCCCAUAGUCCGGGGUGGUGAGAAAGGGGAAUGUGCCUCGGCUGGUAAGAUGAGGCAGCAGCUAAGCUCAGAGACUAAAAGGAUGGGGAGGUCAUCAGUGUGUGAUACAGAGGACUCGGAGAGCCUGGAAUUUGUUUCCCGAGAUGAUCGAGCCACAGGGAAAAAAACGGCAAGUGAAAGCAGUAAUAAGAAAAGCAGCAAAUUGGGGAAAAGAGACAGUGACCAGAAGGAACCCUAUAAAAAGAGUUAUAGUUCAAAGGAAAUGACAGGAAGUGUUGGCCGAGAUGGUAAAAAGCCUGCCGCUAAGAAAUCGGGCAAAGCGGAGCUCAAGAAGGAUGGAAAAAACGAGGGAGAGAGUGCAGAAGAGAUGGUCCAGGUGAAGGACAGCAAGACCAAGAGCUGUAAGGAUUUGCAUAAGGUGAAAAGUGAUGGGAAGAGUUCGAAAGCGGAGAAGAAAUGGGAAUCUGGGCGGAAAGUCAGGGAGAGAGGGGCAAGCCAUCCCAAGGGGCUUAAGGCUUCUGAAAAGGCCAGCAAGGAGUUAUCUGUGUGUCAUGAAUUGAAGAAUGGGAAACUGGAGGGCAAUAGACAGGAGAAAGAGAAGAAGAACCAUCGUAGUAGUAAAGAUAAGAGGACUGAAAGCAAGAAGUCUUCAGAUAGCAAAUCCUCUAAACUUGGGAAAGAGAAGCCAAGGUCUCUGAGUCAUGCAGAUCUGUUUGGGGAUGACAGCGCAGAAGAAGAGGAAGAGGGAAACGUGGUGAGAAAGUCAGCAGCUGCUUUCAAGAGGAGGGGAUUGAUGAUUAGUAAGAGGACAGCUUCAGAAGUCACCGGCUCUUCCUCAGAGGAUGAAGACGGGGAGCAGGGAGACUGUGCUGUUGGUCAUGAUGAUGAAGAUGAUUACGGGGUUGGUGACAGUGGUGGUGGAAGUGAGGAUGACUUCUCCGGCUUGCAAGUGGACCUGGAUUUUGACUCGGACCCUAUGGAGGAGUGCCUUCGCAUAUUCAAUGAAUCAAAGGACGUGAAGACGGAAGACAAGGGGAGACAGACUAAGCAGUCGCAGCCAGCCAAAGAUGUCGAGGAGAAUGAAGGGGCUGAGAGCUUGUUAACCACCCUCUUCCCAGGCCAGAAGAAAAGGGUUUCCCACUUCCUGGCCAAGGGAACCGCGGAGCUGAGCCCAAAGCCUGUGGUGCGCCCGUACCGCAGACCGACAGCGCAGGAGGUUUGUUACCAGCGCAUGCAGACUGCCCAGCAGCAGGCGGCACAGCUGGCCACGGCCGUCAAGGCGGCGGCCGCCUUGACCAGCCCUGCUGCCAGGUUCCUCGGGGAGAAGAAGAGGGUGGCCCAUCGCCCCAACCCGGCCCUCUCCUCCGCAGGUCCCGUGCUGAGCAAGCAGUCGGGCAGCAGGUUAUCUCCUGGGACGUCUUUACUGAAGUCACACACAUUUGCCGGAAUCCUCUCUAAGACCUCUUCCACGUUGGCGCAGAAGAGGGUAGCACACAUACCCACGCUCAAGAGCUCCUCUCUCAAGCGGCCGGUCAUUCCCACUGAGUUCGGCGCCAAAGUGCCGACCGGCGUGCGCCAGCGAUACCUCAAUUCCUUCAUCGACGAGUGCCUCAAGUUCUGCACCUCCGAAGAGACGGCCUUCCAGAUGGGUCUGGAUGAAGAGAAGAUGGUGUACGACCGCAGCAGCAGCAAGAACAUCUACCUGAACGUGGCCGUCAACACCCUGCAAAAGCUUCGCAGCAAAUGCAGCACUGCAGCUCUGCCUGUGCCCAGCAGUCCAGCUGUGAAAGCCAACAAAAGGUCUCUGUCCCACGAGGAGGUGCUGGGGGGUCGUCUGGCUGCCAAGACCAGCUUCACUGUUAACAGGAUGGGUAAGCAGCAGGAGGAGGAGCUCAUCGGAGCCACCCUGUACAAGAAGCUGAAGCCCUACCUGAUGACUGAAGAGCAGCUCCAGGAGCACGGCUACCCCAGGCCUCACCCCGAGCACUCGGGCCGAGCCAUGGUCUACAACCUCCCGGAGAAAAAGAAUACAGAUCCACUGGCCAAGGUCUGCUGUAGGUGUGGGGCGGAGUACAGGAUCACGGCUAACGGCAGCUGCGUCCGGAGAGAGGAGUGCACCUUCCACUGGGGGCGCCUGCGGCGGCACAAAGUGGCGGGGGGCUGGGAGACUCAAUACAGCUGCUGCUCUGGGCUGGUGGGGUCCCCUGGUUGCCAGGUAUCCAAGCAACACGUGCAGGACGGCCGGAAGGAGUCGCUGGACGGAUAUGUGAAGACCUUCAGCAAGCCUCUGCCCAUUGAUGAGAACGUGGGAGUCUUCGCCCUCGACUGUGAAAUGUGCUACACGAAGCACGGCCUGGAGCUGACCAGGGUGACGGUCAUCAACUCGGAGCUGAAGGUCAUCUAUGACACUUUUGUGAAGCCGGAGAGCAGAGUGGUGGACUACAACACUCGGUUCUCGGGGGUGACGCAGGAGGACCUGGAGAGCACCACCAUCACCUUGCGUGACGUCCAGGCCGUGCUGCUCAAUAUGUUCAAUGCCGAUUCCAUCCUCAUCGGACACAGCCUGGAGAGUGACCUCUUUGCACUUAAGCUUCUCCACAGCACCGUGGUGGACACCGCUAUAGUCUUCCCCCACCGCCUAGGCCUGCCCUACAAGCGAGCUCUGCGGAGCCUUAUGGCGGACUACCUCAAACGCAUCAUACAGGACAACGUGGAGGGGCACGACUCCAGCGAGGACGCCAGCGCCUGCAUGCAGCUGAUGAUCUGGAAGAUCCGAGAGGAUGCCAAGGUGAAAAGAUGAUGGACAUCCCUGCCAUCAUCUCUCUCUCUCCCCCCCCCCCCCAAUGGCUGCUGAGAGGGACUGAAAGUGGAGAGACUGAAGGGGGCAUGUAGGGCCUGGAGCUCGGCCCCAGCCCAGCGAGACUGUGAUGGAGCUGAAGGUGAAGGAUCGUCUGGGGGAAUGGCGUAUUAGGGUCACUGUGGGGAGGCGCUCUGUCACGCUGGUCCCAGGUCAGUCGCGUAGCUGAAGUGUUCUAUGAAGCUGGGCUUGUCCCACAGUGUUUCUUCUGUUGUCGAUGAUCCUUACUGUUGUCGUCGUUAUUAUUAUUAUUAUUAUUAUUGGUUUCUAUAUAGGCUGAAUCCUUCAGCUAGAAAUAAGAUGACAGGUCCCUGUGAAUGAACUGUGAGAGUUCACCUAAUGGGCCAACCGUAUAUUUUGUUUACAGUUAAGUCCAACUGCCCUGCAUUUAAAUCCCUUUUUUAAGCGGAACAGAGGAUCUUUGCAGCUAGGCCGGGGAACGGUAACUGGAUCACUGUGGUUCUUGGAGCGUGGUAGGCGGUGCUCUGACCACACCCAAGCAGAGCUUUCUUUCUCAGAGGAGGGGCCCGUUGAUAAGAAAUGACCUGCAUUACCAAGCUCUUGUCAAGGUAGUUGCGAGGGGGGUGUGGGCGUGUCCGCACGAGUGCGGCGCGUGUACACCGGUAACUAACCAUUCCUAGGCCCUGUCGAGGUGUUCAUGAGCUCUCAGCCACCAUCACAGCUCUGACCAUGAUGUGCAAAUGUCUGUGAUUAGAGAGCAGCACUGACCAGACAGCAGACCCUGGCAUAAACGUCUAGGGAGGCUCAUUAGAGCUUUAAUGACAUGGGUGGCGAAUAAAGCCAGGAUUAGCCGUAAAUGCUUAGCAUUUUGUAGAGGAGUCUGAUUGUACAUAUUGUCAAAAGUGGGGGGAGAGAGGGGUUAAAAAGGAUGUUGGGGUUUAGUUUUCCUUUCAGGACGUGUGAUCUAAGGAAAAUCUAAGAAAGAAAACAGAACCUGCGUAUGAGAAAUCAGUCCUGCAACGCUGCAUUCCCACAUGCGACGGACAUCCAGCACUGUCCCGCCUGUCCAAACCCUGCCAGUGUGGGAUGUGUACAGUGAGGUUAAUUUCCCCUCACUGGUACAGUGGCCUGUUUGCACAGCUGUAUUCCUCCCUGUCCUGUGAGUAACACUGCGUUAGGUAGACAUGCAAUAAAUGCAGAUAGAAUAUUAUAUUUAAGAAGAUACUUGAUUAACGUUCAGUUUUGUGUAAGGCACAAUAAUAUCCACAAUGUCAGCGAACACUUUGGCUGUAAAUAUGCUGCGGAGUUUAUUUUGUAUUUGUUUCUUUGUUUUCUAUUAAAAGUGUUAAAGUAAGAA